GGGAGCAUCGGGCCCGAGCUUUCUCCGUUGCCUGGUUACCGCUCCUUCCUCUCUUUGUAAAGUUACUUCCGGUUAACAACCCAUGGUUUCCAAGCAGCUUCGUUUCAAACAGUUUUAGAUUGUCCUCUCCAAAGAUCCGCGUGACAAACUAAAAUGAGUGAACAGAUCAAGUUCAUUGUAGAACAGCUCAAUAAGGAGCCCUUCAAGAAGAAUUUCAACCUAAUCACCUUUGAUUCAUUGGAGCCACUGCAAUUGCUGCAGGUUCUCAAUGAGGUUCUGGCUGAGAUUGAUCCAAAGCACAAUAUUGAUAUACGAGAGGAAGCACCAGAUCAAACAGCUAAACGAAUGUUUAGUCUUCUGGGAAUUCUGAAAUACAAGCCACCUGGAAAUGUUUCUGAUCUGAAUGCCUUUCGACCAGGCCUGGUCACUGGGAGUAAGCCUAUAAUACAUCCCAUUUUGCAUUGGCUUCUACAGCGAACAAAUGAGCUUAAGAAAAGAGCAUAUCUGGCACGCUUCCUCGUCAAGGUGGAGAUCCCUCCUGACUUUCUGCAGGAUGAUGUGGUGGCAGACACUUAUCAUCAGUAUGAGGAAUUAGUAGAAGGGUUCAAAACGUUGCAUAAGGAAUGUGAACAGCUGAAGAACUCUGGUUUUUCAACUGCAGAAAUAAGAAGGGAUAUAAAUGCAAUGGAAGAAGAGAAGGAUCAACUCAUUAAGCGGGUUGAACGUCUAAAGAAAAGGGUAGACACAGUAUCAAAUCACCAGCGGAUGUUGGAAAUGGCAAGACAGCUUCGUGUGGAGAAGGAAAGGGAAGAAUCUUUAAUGCAGCAAAAACAGGAACAGAAAAAUCAGUUAUUCCAUGCAGAGCAAAGGCUACAAAGAGCACAACAGCAGUUGAAGGACCUCCGACAGGCUUCAGCAGAUGCAAAGCCUGAAAGUUUGAUGAAGAGGCUGGAUGAGGAGAUCAAAUUUAAUACCUACAUGGUUUCUGACAAGCUUCCUAAGGAAUUGGAGAGCAAGAAGAAAACUGUUCAUUUCUUACAAAAAGUGGUCAUGGAACCUGCAAUGGGACAAUCUGAUCUCAGUGAACUUGAAGCUAAGAUCCAGGAAAUUAAUACACAAAUUAACCAACUAAUUGAAAAGAGAAUGAUGAGAAAUGAUCCAAUGGAUGACAAACUUUUCCUUUUCCGCCAACAGGCAUCUAUCAUUUCCCGAAAAAAAGAAGCAAAGGCUGAAGAGUUACAAGAAGGCAGAGAAGAACUUUUGAGCAUGGAGAAAGAACUGGCUCAGAAAACAAGUCAAGCUCGUGAUUUUGAUGGCACAGAAGUUCUGAAAGGUGAUGAGUUCAAACGCUAUGUCAGCAAACUUCGUAGCAAGAGUACAGUAUAUAAGAAGAAACGUCAAGAACUGACAGAAUUAAGAGCAGAAUAUGGUGUCUUGCAGAGAACAGAAGAAAUUCUAAAACAGCGGCAUGAAGCCAUACAGCAACAACUGCAAGCGAUUGAAGCUAAGCAUGGUAUUACAGGCUUCAGUGACACUCAAGAGGAGCUGGAGAGAGUAUCUGCAUUGAAGAGCGAGUUGGAUGAAGUGAAGGGACGUACACUUGAUGAGAUGUCUGAAAUGAUAAAGAAACUGAAUACUCUUAUUGCUGAAAAGAAGUCUGCCUUGGCCCCAGUCAUCAAAGAACUACGACCAUUGAGACAGAAAUGCCAGGAACUUACUCAAGAGUAUGAAGAAAAAAAAGCACUCUAUGACAGCUGUGCAGCAGGCUUGGAAAGCAACCGAUCUAAGCUUGAACAGGAAGUCCAAGGUCUCAGAGAAGAAUGUGGUCAGGAGGAAACUGGAUACCAUUAUACCAACUGCUUGAGAAGGAUUACUGAAAGGCAGAUACAGCGUGCUGCUGAUGAAAUGAAACUAUAUGUAUCUGCGGAUCCACAAGAAAGAAGAAAAGCUAUAAGGGAGCAAUAUAAUCGAAAUAUCCUUGAGCAAGAAAAUCUAGGGAAGAAACUAAGGGAGAAACAGAAAGCUGUGCGGGAGAGCCAUGGCCCAAACAUGAAGCAGGUUAAAAUGUGGCGAGAUUUUGAACAACUGAUGGAAUGUAAGAAGCAAUGUUUUCUGAAGCAGCAAAACCAGAAUUUUGUUGGUCAAGUGAUUCAGGAAGGUGGGGAGGACAGAUUAAUCUUGUAAAUGAUUCAGUGGUAUCUUUUUGUGCAUCGACUUUAUUAUAUUCUUUGUCAGUGUUAGCCAUUUCAGCAGUUAUUAAGAUUUCUAAUUUACUGUAAUAAAUUAUUUAACCUGAAAUUAAUUUUAAUAACUUUAAUGCAUCUUCAUUUUAAACAAUACAACAGCUUUUGUAUUACAACUAUAGAUUUCCAUAGGGUAAAGCACAGACAGAAUCUUUUCCCUUCUUUGCUAAACAAUCUUGUACCUAUGAUUGGAGAUAUUCUGUACUAUUCCACAAUAUCUUUCAUCAGUUGACAAAGAGCAGCAUUAAAAGGCAGCUAUGAAGAACAAAGUGGCUCACACCAACUUGGCUUUCAGAUGUUAACAUGGAUAUAGUUAGAGAACUGCAACCAGAGUACGAUUGAAUAUUAAAUAUGUUAGAAAAUUUAUGGAAAUGUGUAGUUAACAGUCAGUGAAAUGAAUGCCAUGCCCCAGAUUUUGCAGUCAGUGGGAAGCACACUGCACUUGCUGCUAAAUUCAGUUAACAAUACAAUCAGUCCAACAAUACAAUCUGUCCAGUGGGAACUUGCAUGCCGUAGCCUUAAAAGAGGCAUUAUCUAGGUUGGUCAAAAUUAACCCUACAAAAUAAUGAAGCAGAAAUUAAAAAUCUUCAAAUAAAAACAAUUUAAAAAAAAACGUUUUUAAGGUCCAAAAUAAACUUUUGAAUAUUGGAAAUAUUUAAAAAUUAAUAAUCCAUCUGGAAUUUUUAUUCAAGUUAAGAUAUUUUGAUCUGAGGGUUUUGUAGGUGUUUCUUCCAUUGAAAUCGCCAGAAAAAUAUCUCUUGCAGGUCUUUAGACCUAGUGCAGAAUAUUCUGGUGUUUGCACUGCAAGUGGUGGGCAAUCAACCCAAGUUCUCACUCCCUUGCUGAACACCUCGGUGAGUCCAGCUUUGGAAGUCAGCCGGGUGGCUCAAGUUUUAUGCAGCAAUACCUCAUAUUUCUGAAAACCACUUCAUUACACAGUGAUAGAUGAAAAUAUUUUUCACUGUGAAGCUAUGUUAAAUGAUGUUUAGUGAAAAGGGUAUACUAAAACAAACCAAAAACAUAAUAACUUCCAGAAGUUCCCAGUAACUUCCCUCAGAGCUACGUUGAUCUGCACACUUACUUCUCUUACUUUUGACAUGGGAGAUGAAGUGGCAGGAGCUACUCACAAGGAUCCCUGACUGUGGCUCAUCCUGUGAAGCUGAAAAUUUCUCCUUGAAGAAGAUAUUGAAUGUCAACUGCCUUGCCACCGCCUUCCACUCACGAAGAAUCUCUAAUGCAGGACCGUCCUUCUCAUGGCAUUGCUACACUGCCAGUCUGGGUCAUUUUUUGAGAAAGCUUCCAUAUCAGAUUCUCAGCUAUGUAAAGCUGCCUCUCAUCUGCAACUUGCUGCAGAGCUAAUUCCUGCAGCUUUUCCUUUGGUGAGUAUCUGCUUAUGAGAGCCAGGAGCUCCUGCACAAUAUCCUUGUUGACUUUGACUCCUGAUGUAGUUGGUGGUUACUACCACCCCUGCCUCAAAAUCAGUGAAGUCAUUAAGGAUUUCCAACCAUGCCUUCCAAUAAACAGUCAUCCAGGUGGUUGUGGCUUUCUCCCAGGACUCUCUGAUAUUGUCAAUGACCUUAAUGAUGCUAUAAGACUUCCAGAAGUCAUUAAUGGACUGCUGUUGCCUACCAUCCUCCUUUAGCUGGCUGAAGAUGCACCAGAAGUAAAUUUGCUUGAAGGUGGUAAUGAUGCACUGGUCUAUAGUCUGCAGGAGGGAAGGUGUGUUUGUCGGGAAGAACACAAGUCCCACAGCUAGUGAAGUCCAGAGUGAAUUAGUUCUCUUAGUGCCCUUGGGCAUUGUUGAGAAGUUGCAACUCUUCGGGUUUGAUCCCGUUAUCUUCAUAGUAUCUUUUCACUGUGGGACAAAAUAUAGACACAAGUCAUUGUUAAAAAAUGUCUGUGUCACCCAGAUCUCUCAGUUUAACUUUUGGGUGACAGGCAAAUGCUCUUUUGAAAACCCCUUCAUCACUCGUGGUGUUCCUGAAUGAUAGAUGAGGAGGGGCUUCAGCUUAAUAUCCCUUGAAGCGUUGCCUCCCAGCUGGGUUAAAGCAGUCUUUGUCUGCUUUGAACCCUAAUGCAUACUGCUGUGGAGAAAAAAGUGCGCAAUGCACGUGCUGCUAGAAAAGCCCCUUCUUUAAACACAAGCUGAGGGUGUAAUUCCCUUCAUCUGAAUCCUUGCUCCAAUUACUGUCUGGCAGCCACCCCCACAUAUUCAUUAUUAUCAAUGUAACUGAUGACCUUGAUUUUGGUAUUUGAGUAAGAAUGUUUGGAGUUUCUCAUCAUUAAAAAAAAAUGUAUUUGACUUCAGAUACAAACAAUGGCAGUAUUUUGAUGUUUGCUCCAGAAUUUUUAGGAGCCAUUUCUUUUCUGCAUUUUUGACAAUGAAACAUGAUUACAUUUUAUCAAAUUAUAGGAGAAAACAAAUGGUGAGAAAACAAAUGGUAAGGAAACAAAGGCCUCAAGCACUAAUUACCUGUUUGUUGGCAUUUUUUUGAUCCAUUGGUUUGAAAGCCUCUUAACACAAUCUGUAAAGAUUCUUAACAGCUGAAAAUAAAUCAAUCAGCAGGGACCACAAUCUUUUAGAGAAUUUUUAGAUUCAGCCUUGUAUCGAGUGCAGUUGUCACUGCCAAUUAUUCUUCAGAUGAAAAGAAAGCUUCCCGGGAAUAUACAGUCUUCAGUUUAUAGCUAAUUUUAUGGAGUUCUUUUUUAACACUUAAUCAGUUUACUACUGGAAAAAGUAAGCCCCAAAUCUAUUCUCCUUUAUAAAUUGUACAAUUAAUCUCAAAAUAGGUAGCUCUUCUUCCAGCACCAAUUUUGACACAGAAUAAAUUAAGUGAUGAGAGACAGGAUUGGAAAACUUCUUCCAAUAUUGCUCCACUGAGCUCAAAACGAGAUAUGUAUGAUUCCUCAUAGCUGUUACUAAUCUAUUCUAACACUUAUUCCCACUAUCUCUGCUUGCUGUUGUGUUUAAAAUAGUUUUUAAAAGAUAAAGUUUUCAAUGAAAAAUAAAAUUGAUAAGAGCUGACCAGCAAUAGAAAUACUGAAUUGCCUGAUCUGAAUUAUGACAGCAGGCCUUAUAGUAACUAUAGAUGUGUACAUGCCUGGUAUUCUUUGAAGUUAUGAUAAGAAUGUGUAUGGUAUCUACCAGCAUAUAACACAGUAACAAUAAGUAACAAUGCUGGGAUGUUGCUAAAUUAUCACAAUAAGAAUGCAAUGUUUAAGCAUGCACUUUUAUAAAGAUUCCCUCUGUGCAGUCUAUAGAAGAGAACAUCUAACAAUUUGAUUUAUAGAUCGCUGUCCAUAAAAAUGUAUGCAACAAUCCAAGUGCAUAUUUUCUGUCAACAUAAGUAGCAUGAUUAUGAAUUAUCAACUCUUCCAAUUUUAAUGUUCGAAUUUUUCAAUAAACUGA